AUUUUUUCAUUUUAUUAUGUGUCUUUCCAAUUUCUAUUAAUAUGAUAAAUAUUAUUUGGCCACGCCCAAAACUGCCAGCCCACAUUUCUCAUUUAUCUUUCGAUAUUUCAAAAAGAACAUUAAACAUUCUCACACAAGUGACGGUUGUCUGAUAAUCAAGGAACUCGACUAUGGCAUACUCUUUUGUUCAUUUUUCAUUUAAAUAUUUUUAAGCCUCUGAUCCUCCUGAGAAACAGACUGAAACUAGGCUUUAAAGUAUGAUUUUAAAACAUUUAAAAAAAAAAAAAUUAAUUUAUAAAUUUCUUUUAAUUAAAGGUAUUCAUAAGUGUGACAUUCGUCCAUUUGUGGUAGAGGGGCAACAAGUUGGUCUUAUUAAGUCAGAUGUUUUAACACAUCUUAAAAAGUAUCCUGAAGUAUUUUGCAUUCGGGCUUGUGAGCAAAGUAAACAGGGUUCGGUAGAGCUAAAUCCUGCUUUUCGUGACUAUAACGAGCGCACUGAGCAACUGGAAAAGGUUUUGCGUAACUUGCGGUCCGAGGGACUUUUUCCUGCAUUACAGGGAUGGAGGGAUGAGUAUUUCGAGGUAAAAGCAGACUGCAGAGCUCUACUUAAAAUGGAACGGGCAGCUACUCCGCUCUUUGGAGUGCGAAAGUACGGCGUUGAUAUAAACGGUUACGUAAGGCACCCGACGCUUGGGUUAUGCAUUUGGCUGCAGCAGCGGUCAAACACAAAAGAGACCUGGCCUGGAAAAUGGGACAAUAUGGUAGGCGGUGGACUUUCAGUCGGCUUUGGUAUUAAGGAAACAGCCAUUAAGGAGGCUGCAGAGGAGGCAUCAAUUCCUUCUGACCUAGUUAAGAAUUUGGUGUCCGCAGGAUGUGUCUCAUUUUACUUUGAAAGCCGACAAGGACUUUUUCCCAAUACCGAAUAUGUUUUCGACUUGGAGCUACCACUUGACUUUGUGCCUCAAAACGCUGACGGGGAGGUCCAGGCCUUCGAGCUACUAACAGCUAAGGACUGUGUGGAGCGCGUUUUUACUUCAGAUUUCAAGACAACUUCAGCGCCUGUGGUGAUCGAUUUUCUUAUCCGACAUGGGCACAUAACAGCAGAUGAUGUUGUCGACUUCACGCAAAUCGUCGAGCUCCUGCACGUGCCCUUACAGUCCCUAUAUACGUACAAGACACGCUUUGAGCAAUCCAUUAAGCAACCUCAAUUCUUGCCAGGUGAUUCCAAAAACUGCAACUGUGAAAUAUUUCAGAAAAUAUCAGUGGAGAAUGGGCACAAGAAAACAAAUUAAUCUGAAAUGCUGAAUAGUCUUAAAAAUAAAUAAUGAGGUAGGGCUACAAAGAAAUAUUAAUGCAAGCUCAAAACAAAAUAAAAGUGAUUGUAAUUGAAGUGAACUUUCUGAAGCCCAGGCUAGUAUCAAAGAGGUACACAUUAUUAGUGGACGUAUGACCCUUCCCUACAAGUCUGAUUAUAUAAUGAAAGUUCAUAAAAAAUACAAUUUUGCUUUAAGCUUUUUUUAUUUCACAAUAUCGGUCAGCUUUAACAAGUAUAAUUAUUACAAA